AUCGAGUACCAUCAACGUGGUCUAGAAAUUGCUAAAGAAGUGGGAGGCAAGGCCGGAGAGGGAAGAAGUUAUGGCAAUCUCGGCUGCGUUUAUCAUAGUCUAAGACAGUUCAAAACAGCAAUCGAUUAUCAUCAACGUCGUCUAGAAAUUGCUAAAGAAGUGGGAGACAAGGCCGGAGAGGGAACAAGUUAUGGCAAUCUCGGCUGCGCUUAUUAUAGGCUAGGACAGUUCAAAACAGCAAUCGAGUACCAUCAACGUGGUCUAGAAAUUGCUAAAGAAGUGGAAGACAAGGCCGGAGAGGCAUUCUCACUCUCUGUUCUUGGAAAAAGUUUUGAGAGUCAAGGUAAACUAAGGAGGGCCUUUGACUGCUUUCACUCUAGUGUGGAGGCUUUUGAUAGUAUUAGGGCGAGUCUGCAUUUCAACGAUCAGUGGAAGAUUACUUAUCGUGAUAAGCAUAAGAGUGCAUACAUAGGCUUGUGGCGUAUAAAUCUAAUCCAAGGUGAAGUUGUUGAUGCUCUUCUUACCGCAGAGAAAGGACGCGCUCAAGCUCUGAGAGAUCUACUAACCUCAAAAUAUCAGCCCAGAGAUUUUUCGUUCGCUCUCCUUAGUUUUGUUCCAUCAAGUACAAUUUUUAUAGCUAUCAGUGGACCUUACGUUCACUUCUGGGUUGUCCUUAGCGACGAUAAUAUCCAGUCGAGAAAGGUACAUGUGAACAAUUAUAAGUAUCAGGAGGAAUUGGAAUUUUUCAUCAAGCAACUGAACAAAACUGCCUUGAAAGAGGUUGGUGCAAGAGAUGCUGUUGCAUGCGAAAAUCCUCCUCAUUACUCGCCGAAAGCGGAGGAAGUGGCGAACGAUAUGAUUCAAGUUGAUGUAAAGAACUCACAAUCAAGUGCUCUACAGAAGCUUUAUGACAUCAUCGUUACUCCUAUUGAUGAUCUGAUCAAAGGCAACGAGCUUACAUUUGUUCCUGAGGGUCCAUUUUGUCUUGUGCCUUACGCAGCAUUGGAGGACUCAAAUUCAACUUAUCUGAGUGAUUCAUUCAGAAUUCGUGUGCUUCCAUCCCUGACGACCUUACGACUAAUUCAUGAUUCCCCAGCUGAGUUCCACAUGAAGAGUGGUGCAUUGCUUGUUGGCGACCCAUGUUUCAAAGAGAUCAUUUAUCAGGGAAGACGUUUGGUGCAACUUCCAGGAGCAAGGGAAGAGGCGGAAAUGAUUGGACGAAUUCUCAGUAUUUCCCCCCUCACUGGAGAAAUGGCAACAAAAGGAGAAGUGUUAAAACGACUGUCAUCAGUGGCUUUGGUACAUAUUGCAGCGCAUGGUAAAAUGGAAACUGGGGAAGUUAUCUUGGCACCAAACACUACAAGAGAAACCACUCAGCCUGAAGAAAAGGACUAUCUACUGACGAUGAAAGAUGUCAUGGAAGCUGGGCUGCGGGCGCAACUGGUUGUUCUAAGCUGUUGUCACAGUGCUCGUGGGGAGGUCAUGGCCGAGGGUGUGGUCGGCAUCGCCCGAGCAUUCCUGGGUGCGGGCGCUAGAUCUGUUGUGGUAGCAUUGUGGGCGUUAGAUGACGAAGGAACCCUGGAGUUCAUGAGUUUCUUUUACGAUGCACUUGCUAAAGGCAAGAAGGCAAGUGAAGCUCUCAAUCAGGCCAUGAGAUGUAUGAGAGAAUCUGGAACGUUCAAGGAGGUGAAGUACUGGGCACCAUUUGUACUCAUUGGUGAUGACGUCAAACUUGAUAUCAAGGACAUCUAG